GUUUCUGAUUAGUCAAGAAUGGAUGCGUGUUCCCGCGAAGGCUCUUAAAAGAAGUCCUCCGCUCCUUUGGACCCAUAGCUAUUCAGCCAGCAGAGUUCUCUGACGAGCUCAAUGAUUUAGCUCUGCAGCAGUUUCUCGCCAGCAAGCAUAGGGUGUUAGAAAGAAGAUCAAACACAGAUACUGGACAAGCUUACGGGCUGGAAUCAUCACAGACAUGUCGGCUGCUGUUGCAAUAAUAUCCUCAGUCUCUGCAGCCGCGACAGUAGUAGUAAUGAUUGUUCUGAUCAGACGAUGCCGUGUCGUGAGGAAGAAGAUGAAGAAGAAGAUCGUAGCCAAAGUCAUGAAGGAGAUAGAUAGAAGGAACAGCGAGCUGCAAACUUUCAAACCUGUGGAAGACGUGGUGAUCGAGGUCGGACCGGUCGAGGAGUUCCUCAACGAGAUACUCAAUGAGAAGCCGAUGCGUUUCAGCUCGGAGCAGCUGGCUGCCUGCACCCGGAACUACUCGUCGGAGCUGGGGUCCGGCGGCUUCGGCGUGGUCUACAAGGGCGAGCUGCCGAACGGCUUGGCGGUGGCGGUGAAGGUCUUGAAGGUGUCCAUGAACAAGAAGGUCCAGGAGGGGUUCAUGGCGGAGAUCGGCACCAUCGGCCGGACGUACCACGUGCACCUCGUCCGGCUCUACGGCUUCUGCUUCGACAGGGACACUAAGGCGCUGGUCUACGAGUUCUUGGAGAACGGUUCACUCGAUAAGUACCUCUACGGCGACGAGGAGAGCACGGCGACGAGGCUGGAGUGGAGGACGCUGCACAGCAUCGCCGUCGGCACGGCGAAGGGGAUCCGGUACCUGCACGAGGAGUGCCAGCAGAGGAUCGUGCACUACGACAUCAAGCCGGCCAACAUCCUCCUCACCGCCGACUUCACCCCAAAGGUGGCCGACUUCGGGCUGGCUCGGCUGGGCGAGCGCGAGAACACGCACAUGUCGCUCACCGGCGGGCGCGGGACGCCCGGGUACGCGGCUCCGGAGCUGUGGAUGGCGCUGCCGGCCACCGAGAAGUGCGACGUGUACAGCUUCGGUAUGGUGCUGUUCGAGAUCCUGGGGCGGCGCCGGAACUAUGACGCCUGCCAGGGCGAGAGCCGGGAGUGGUUCCCCAGGUGGGUAUGGGAAAAGUACGAACAGGGCGACAUGGAGUGCAUCCUGCUCGACGCCAAGAUCGGGGAGGCGGACAGAGAGAAAGCGCAUAUGAUGUGCAAGGUGGCGUUGUGGUGCGUGCAGUUCCAGCCGUCUGCGCGGCCGACGAUGAGCAGCGUGGUGCGGAUGCUGGAGGGGGAGAUGGCCAUCGUCCCGCCGGUGAACCCUUUCCACUACGUGAUGCACAGCGGCGGCGGCUCAACUAGCUCGGGGAUGUGGAGCGGCACGUACCUGAGCAGCAGGGACACCGCCGGCAGAGACAGUGAGCUCUCAGUAAGUCCUGCUGCCAAGUCGACUGACGCGAUAAUUGAAGAUGUCGAGUCGACGGAUGCGUCGAAGAAAUAGAGUUUGGACACAUUUGUUAUCGCACGUGGCAGCACUGUUGUCUUCACUGCUUGUACAGGGAGAGACCAAGUUUUGCAAAUUGGUAUAGAUUUAUGUCUUCACUACGAAGCAUGACAAGGGCAUGUAUUGUACAGUACAAGUAAUGUGAUGGUAUGCACCAAAUGAA